UUGAAACCAGAGGUUUAUGGGGGGUUUGAAUAAACCGCCGGACUACUGGCAUGCCGCUCAGCGGCCAUUCGAGAAACUGGUGAAUUACCUACUGAUCGAAACAGCUGCAUAACAUAACCAAAAUAACUUGGAGAGGUGGAAUAUUUUUGGUUUUAUUAAAAAAUCGAAAUAACAGGGGAAAUUUUGCUAUUGAAUCAAAAGUCUCCGAGAAAUUGGUCUCUGAGUUCUGAUGACAUUUCAAUGAGUUUGGAGAACAGUUAUGGAUUUUUCGCAACUAGACAGAUCCCCGAUUUUUUAAAUUAACACUGAAAAUAUCUGAUGAGAUGUUCUUUCACUGGCAAGAAUGAUAGAUUUUAUUUUGUUUUUGUGGAACACUUACCUGAUGAUUUUUAACCACUAGUACCCGGCUUUUUACAGAUGUAUGAGUUAAGUGUUCACAACGUGUCUCGCGAGAAACACCGCACGACGAAGUGACGUCACAAUCGACAGACCCCCUGCUUGGAGACAGGAAUCUGCUGUACCGCGCCUGUCUCGAAUCCACCUGGAAUAUGAGAAGGAGAAGGGAACCACUUGCAUUUAUGUUACCGAGGAUCGUACUGCAGUGCGGUGAAUUAAUUGAUUCUCCUGGUGGAUAUCCUGCUGCUACUGCCACGAGCCCACGAAAUGAAAAAGAUGCCCUGGUGGGUAACACAGUAGAAACUGGUGCCAUUUAUGGCUCUCAGGGUUGUAAAAUGAUCAUUGGAGCAUCACUGAGAGGUGAAGACACUCGCGAUUGCCGCCCUGGACACAAGCUUCCAGGUCCAUUAUUAGCCGGCUGCAAGUGUUAUACAAUGAGGGAAAACGUGAAAGGUAGUUCAAACGAAAGCACCCGCGCCAACUUUUUCGGUAGACUUUUUAACUCCCCGAGUCACACGCUCGUCCUCGGGUCCAGAUCAAUGAACAAUGAGUAACCGGAACAUUCGGUCAUUCAUUUUUGCGUUUGGUCUUUCGAUACGCGUCGAUCGGCUCCAAAAUAUUCCAGGGAUCUCGUCACAAAUAAGAGAAGAAAAAUUAUGUGAUUAUUGUUCCUGACUUUAUUGAGAUUUUUUACAUCUUUUCUGAAGGAGACAUUUUUCCUCAUUCCCCGGACUUGACAGAUCUUUUUUCCAGAUUUUCCCGGAUCUCACAUGCGAGGGCAUUAGAUGUUAGUCUCCCCGACUCUAAAAAAAAUAAUCGCAUUUGUAGAAAAAAAUUUGAGAUAAUGGAGAAAACGUCUGCGGCGACUGAUUAGAAUGUUCCGUAAAGAAUUAUCAAAUUGAAGCACAUGUUAUUGUGCCUUCAACGGACAACAAGGAAAGAGUUCUGAGAAGCGUCUCAUCUAAUCUAGACCCACAUCACUAUUUUUCUAGCAUAAUGAAUGGCAAAAAAAUGUCACCACCGAGUGUUCCCGAUUUUCACCGAUUUCCGGAGAUCUACCGGGCUAUGUCAACCAUCGAUCAUUCGAGGGCCCAGCAACUCCCACAAUUUGGUCUCUUGGGAUAGUCAAACCUCGCCUUGUUUGUCCAAUUCAUUGAGCAAACACGUUUUGAACACCAGUGGACAGCGAGAAAAACUCCACCCGUGCACACUUUCCCAAUAGACUUGUGGCUUAAAUACACGUGUCAUUUUCCCUUG